UGUUGACUGAUGACCCUAAGCAGCGAAGGCUGCCCAUAUGUUACACCUCUUGCAUCCUUUUAUAUAAGAGUUCUAGAAGAGCAUAACCCAACUUGAAAUCCUCAUUCUUGCCCAUUGAUUCUUGCUUUUCUCUGUACCAUCAAAUUAAUUAACAGAAGAAGUUCGCCAACCAUGGGUAACAGUUUAGGUGGGAAAAAAACCGUAAAGAUCAUGAAGAUAAGCGGCGAAACAUUCAAGUUAAAGACGCCGGUGAAGGCGGGCGAGGUGAUUAAGAACCAUCCAGGUCUUGUUCUUUUAGAAUCAGAGGCAGUUAAGCAUUAUGGGACAAGGGCAAAGCCUCUGGAACCACAACAGGAGUUGGUGCCCAAGAGGCUUUAUUUCCUAGUAGAGCUGCCUGAAACAUCAGCAGAGAAAAGUACGAGAAGGGUUCGGUCGGAGAUUCACAUGAGUGCUAAAGACAGGCUCGAGAACCUAAUGCUGGCAAGAAGAUCAACAUCUGAUCUGUCUAUAAUAAACCCUAGUUCGACCAGCAACAGCAUUGUUCCCAAGGAGAGCGGUGCAAUGAGAGUGAAGAUGAGAGUGCCAAAGGCACAAGUAGAGAAGUUGAUGGAAGAAAGCAAGGACGAGGCAGAGGCAACUGCUAAGAUUAUGGAUCUUUGCAUGGCAAACAAAGGAGGCAAAAGCUCCAUUGCUCCACAACAACAAGUGCAUUGGACGGGUGGCCAUCGCAGAGCAGAGAUUGAAAGUGUCAAGACACGUAAGCGAGUGAAUUUCCGUACGAUCAGUGAAGGAGAGAUGCAAACAGCGGUGGCUUCUUAUUGAGGAAAAAAAUAAAGAGAAAUGACGAAAUCUAAUUGCAGAUUAUAAUAAAUUAAAAAUUAAUCUCUCAGCUUCAGCCUAUGAAUAUUCAUCCAUCUAUUUAUCAAACGUUCCUUGAGUGUGUCGUUUCUUUUGUUGUACAUAGGAGAAAGGAACGUUUAGUUUCUGAGUGAGUGAGGAUAAAGUCUGAGACCU